ACAUCUAUUUAAUUCCAUCUGAGUCAUAAUGAGUCAAAUAGUCUCAUAAAAUCACUCUCAUCUCUAUCCUUACACCCAUUCCUCCAAAAAAUUUCGUCUCUUUCCCACCCAUUUCUCCUUUCCCACCUUCGUAACCAAACAAAAAUCGAAACUAGACACAGAAGCGUCGCAUAUCUCCAGCUCACUCCGCUGAGGCCCACUUAGCCGCCUCUCUCUAUUUAUACCAGUACCACCACUUGCACUUAGCUCCAGAGAAAUAAAAAAGAAAAAUGGGUUCCACAACUUAUCCGGCGAUUCUCCUCAGCCUGUUCUUCAUCUCGGCCCACCUCGUGGCCCAAUCGGCGGCCCAAACGCCGCCGGUUUUUAAAUGCAGUACUGGUGCGAAGACCACGUGUCAAGGCCUAGUCGACUACGUGGUUCCCAACGCCACCACCCUCGCGGGUAUCCAAGCUCUCUUCGGUAUCAAAAAGUUAUACACUCUUCUCGGCGCCAACAACCACCCGAUAACGACUCCACGCAACACAACAGUGGCCGCGAAGGAGACGAUCAAGAUCCCGUUCCCCUGCUCCUGCUUUAACGGAGCGGGCGCCUCGAGGGGAGCCCCGAACUAUACAGUGAAGCCCGGAGACGGACUCGACCAUAUAGCGAGGGAAAUUUUCUCGAAUCUGGUGUCGUACCAGCGGAUCGCCGACGUUAACCGCAUCCCGAAUGUGAAUUUGAUUCAACCGGGGCAGACGUUUACGAUUCCGCUACCAUGUAGCUGUGACGAGUUGAACGGAACCCAGGUGGUCCACUACGGACACGUGGUGAAAAUUGGAAACACCGUGGAGGGGAUUGCUCAGGAAUUCGGUACUACAGAGGAGACGAUACUGAAGCUGAAUGGGAUUGUUAACUCUACUGAGAUCCUGGCUGGUCAAGUCCUCGACGUUCCUCUUAAAGUUUGUUCAUCAUCAGUGAGGAAGGACUCGUUGGAUAGCCCUAUACUUUUGCCCAAUGGGACCUAUGUUGUCACUGCUAAUGACUGUGUCAAAUGCAGUUGUGAUUCCUCAAAAAAUUGGACAUUGCAAUGUGAGCCAGCCCAAAUUAAGCUGACCAACAAGACCUGGUCCACGUGCCCUUCCAUGCAGUGUUCGGAUUCUAGUUUAGCUUUGGGCAAUACUACUUUUACUACUACCGAUUCCACAUGCAGGGCCACAACAUGUUCGUACGCUGGUUUCAGUAACCAAACCAUCUUCACCACCUUACUUAACCAGCCCACUUGUUUAGGUACCAAUCCAAAUAAUGCGUAUUCAAAGAUGGGUCUGGGAGCUUGGAGCUGGAACUACCUUUUCAUCUCAAUUCACUUGGUUCUCAUUGGGAUUGGUCUUGGUCUAUGAGAUUGAGAUGUUAAUUUUCUGCGUUUUGAUUAUAUGCUACCUUUUUUGUUCCAAAAUAUUGUACUGCGAAGAGAUUUGAGCAGUAAUUGAAAUGCAGAGUAUAUUGUGUAUGUA